CGAUAAAUCGUAUUUUCAUCGUCAUCGCGAUAUGAACAUGCGCGGUUAACACAUCGGAAAAGAUGCCUGAAACGCGAUGAAUAAAAAUCAUUUUAUUUACACGCGCCAUGUAUUCACACCCAGCAUGCGAACAUUUGACCUAUCAGAUGGAGCCCUGGAUACAUGCGCCAUGCAUUCACACCAUUUGGCUAAUCAGAUGAAGCAACAGCUAGCCGUCGGCGCCGGCAGCGUCCCCGGGUCCUAUGUUCCCCCGGGUCCUAUGUGUUCCGGAGCCACCCUCAAAUUAGUUGGUGUUAAUUUUGUGGCGACUGCGAGUCUAUGUAACACGAUGGCGGAGAAAGGAGAGAAUAGCGAGGAAAAUGUGGUUGACGAAGACCUUGUGGUGAAAAAGAACUGCACUUCUGCAAUUUGGAGUUAUUUUGGAUUCCGUAGCGACGACGUGUUACAAACACAGGUACUGUGUAAAACAUGCCGAACAGCUGUGGCAACUUCCAGAGGAAAUACAACAAACCUCCAUCACCACCUGCAACACAACCAUAAAGAACUACACGAACAAUUCAAAGCUAGCCAAACCACAAAACCAAAAACGGUGAGUAGCAGCAAAUCUAAAACCUUGCAACAGUCCAUUUCUCAGAGUUUUGCGUGCGUGACUCCUUACGAGAAAACAUCCAAACGCCACGGAGAAAUAACAGAGGCCAUAACUCGUUAUUUGGCUAAGGACAUGAUGCCUAUAAACACAGUGACCAAAGAUGGUUUUGUGAGUCUGAUAAGGAAACUGGACCGAAGAUACAGCAUUCCAUCACGCAAUUAUUUUUCCCAAGUCGCCAUUCCAAAAAUGUACGACACAUGCAGGAAGACAGUGGAAUCGGAACUGGGUCAAAUUGAACACUACGCCUGUACCACAGAUCUUUGGUCCAGUCGAACGACAGAGCCCUACAUCAGCCUCACUGUACACUUCCUGGAUCAAGACUUUGAACUGAAAACGCGAUGUCUACAGACAGCCUACUUCCCCGGAGAACACACUGGGGAAAACAUUGCGUGUGGACUACGUGAGGCUUUGACCAGCUGGAAUUUGCGGGAAGAGCAGCUAGCUUGCAUCACCACCGACAACGGGUCAAACGUUGUGAAGGCCACCGAACUCAACCACUGGGUCAGACUUCAGUGUUUUGGCCACAGGCUGCAUCUUGCCAUCGAAAAUGCUGUUAAAGAUGACAGCCGCAUUGCCCGUGCUGCUGGGCUUUGUAAAAAAUUGGUGGGACAUUUCUCCCACAGCUGGAAGCAGAAGAUGGCACUGAAAGAAGCACAACAGGAGCACAACCUCCCAGAGCACUCACUCAUCACAGAAUGCCCAACUAGGUGGGGCUCGAGGCAAAAGAUGAUGGAGAGGAUCUUGGAGCAGCGGCAAGCCAUAUCUAAUGUCCUCUCGGCAGACCGAAAAACACGGCAUCUGGUUCCCUCCUGGCAGGACCUGGAUGUACUGGAGUCUGUAAACCUGGCAUUACACCCUUUGCAAGUAUUUACUGAUGCUCUUUCCGGGGAAAGCUAUGUGAGUGUUUCAUAUGUGAAACCAGUCCUUCAUCUCUUGAAUACAUCAGUUCUUGCAGAAAAGGAAGAUGACACCAAUUUAACCAAGACCAUUAAAGUGAAAAUCCUGGAUUACAUGAAUACAAAGUAUGAUGACCCAGCAACACAAGAACUUCUGGACACUGCAUCCUUCAUGGACCCCAGGUUCAAGGUCAGCUACAUCAGCAGCGAAAGAGUCCAAGACAUCAAGACCAGGGUGAUGUCAGAAAUGAAAGAAACAGCACGGAAGGAGGGAACACCUUCUGACAACACUGAGGCCCAAAGCAUGGAUCCACCCAGCAACAAGAAGGCAAAGCGAUCAUUGGGCAGUUUGCUCAAAACAAGUCCAGGCCCCACCACUCCCACCGCAUCUUCCAUGCAGCUGGAGCAAGCUCUUGAAGCUGAACUUAACAGCUACUUGCUGUCCCCCACCAUUGACAGUGAGGCAGACCCUUUGGCUUGGUGGAAACUCCACCAGGUCACCUACUCAAGGCUGAGCAAACUAGCUCGGAGGUAUCUUUGUAUAGCUGCCACUAGUUCACCCUCUGAGAGGCUAUUCAGCACAUCAGGGAAUGUGGUAACAUGUCAACGUGCAUGUUUGAAACCCAGCAAAGUCAACAUGCUGGUUUUCUUGGCCAAGAACUUGCCCUAAAGAAUAACUUGCCAUAAGGGUAGAUUUUUUUUUUCCUGAUUGUAUCUUGAUUUAGUUAUUUCAAUUUUCCCCCGCAUACUAUAGAUCUCUGCACCUUGUUGGGCGGAGUCGAGGGCCUUGAUGAUUGUAAUGGGAGACAUUAGUUAUUUUAAAUUGCCAUGCCCAUGUUUAAUUUAUAUUUAUUUAAUUAUUUAAGUUGUUUUCCCCCAGAUAUUUUUUUAUUUCAAGAGUUCAAUGGUUUUGUUCAGUUUAGAAGAAAAUAUUUUAAAUAGAGCAGGGGAAAUUAAACUUCGUUGGGUGUUCAUGUUGUGCACUUUGUUCAAUAAAAGUUAAAUAAAAUAA